GUAGCCUCCCUUGUCCGCGGUAUGUUUCCCUUGACAACAACCAUACAAGGCAGCCAUAGUAGCAGGUUCCCGUUGGAUAUCCACGUAAAUAAGGUUUCGGACUCAUCUUUUUUUCCACAAACAGAUAGGGUGCACAACCAAACGUGAAGAUGCCGCGUCCACGAUCAGCCCGAUCAGAUGGCAGUGAUGGAGAUAUGGAGGUAUUGGUGGAGCUGGAACUGCAAAAACUGCAGAGGCAGUUCCGAAUCAUGGAGGGUGAUCGAGCUGCCUAUACAGAAGAAUCCCAAAAUUUGAUCCGUAAACAAAAAAAUGAGAUUUCACAUUUGGAAUGUGAGAAGCAGGAACUUCUCAAAGAGCUCCGUCUGGCAGAGAGUCGCAGUAACCAAAUUAUGGACGAGGAUCACACUGAUACACUCGUCACUCUGGCAGAGGCUAAAGAGGAUUAUGAUGGAGAAAUGGAAGAGGAAAAACGAAAGUGUGUAGAAUUAGAUGCCAAAAUCAAAGAGUGGGACAAAAAAAUCCAUCACCAACACAAGAAUAUGGGAGGAAUUCACAUGAGUUCGCACCAUACUGUUCAAACACAGAAAACAAUCCGGACACUGGAGAACCGACUUGAUACGGCCAAAAAAACAUUCAACUCAUAUUUAACAGAGAAUUCAAAAUACCGAGAGGAAAUUGAAAGCUUACGUGUUGAAAGGGCAAGAUUUGAAUGUCUCUACAAAAAGCUUGAUAAGGAGCUUGUUCAGGCCAGACGAGAAAAAGGAGAGCUUAUUGAAAGCUCAACGCAAGCUUAUGAUUCUAGGGAUGAGGCUCAAGCCAAGAUGAUUCUGCUGAAGGAAAAGGCAGAUAAGGAUAUGCAGCAACACAAUGCCGAGAUGAAGGAACUCCUUCGUAUUAUAGACCAUGACCGCUGUCUCCGCGAGUUCAUGGGAAUUAAGGGUCAAGAAAGGCAGGAGGACCCGCAACUGGUGGCAUGGCGGCAACGCAAAGAGGCCUUAGAAGCCGAUCGUAAGAAGGAGAGUCAGGAAGAUUCUGUAGAGACUUAUGAGGCUGCCUUUGAAAGAAUUAAGGAGAUGACGGAUGAAACAGACCUUGACCUCUUGGUGGCAAAAUUCAUUGAGGUGGAGGAUAGAAAUUUUGCUCUCUUCAAUUUCGUCAAUGAGCAAAACAAUGAAAUUGAGACACUACAGGAACAGAUUGAAGAUAUAAAUAAUGAAAUUGAAAAAUUCAAACUGCAAGGCAUUGAGCUUGAGGACCAGAGGAAGAAAAUUUUGAAGGAAUUGGAAGAGCAGAGUAACGCUGCCGCAAAUAAUGGGGAUACUGCUGAUGGGAAGAACAAGGGCAUCACAAAGAUUCUGGAUCAGCUCCGGGCAGGUAUAUCCUCCCUAUUUAGCAAGAUAAAUUGUGACAAGUCUGCGAUCGAUGACAUGUUAGGAUCAGCGUCUGGGGUGACAGACUCCAACAUGAUACAGUAUCUGGGAAUUAUAGAACAGCGCACCAAUGAACUGCUAGCUGUACAGGGAUACAUCAACUCAAAGGACCUUGACAAAAAGACCACAGCAGCAGGAUUCCUAGGAGAGGGACCCAAUCCUCCCCAGCCCCAGUUACCUAUCGUACCGCCAGCUGUUGGGGAUGAAUAUGACAGUGAAGGCAGUGAGGGAAGCGAUGAUGAGGCCAGGCCAAUGACCAGGAAUGAAUUACAACGCCGUGUUAUGAAUACAGUCAAGAAACGUGAGGCGGCUGCAAAGAAACAAGAGUUUAAAUAUGACUUAUCAAACGCCAAAGAAAAAACAUCGAAGAAUAAAAAAGACAAGAAAUGAAAAUGUGAUGAAAAACAGAUGAGAAUAUUCAUUUAAAUGAACAACUGCUAUGUGGUGUUUAAAUACGAGACGCUAGCUUUGGACAAAGAGAUUACAGUUGAAACAGACACUUAACAAUUUUAAAAUGAUUGCAUGAGUACUGUUAUAAUGUGAACAUGUUGUUUUUUUUUACUCCAAACUUCAACAUAGUUCACAGACUUUCGUUUUCUGGAGAAAAAAGGGAUAGGAACUCUUCAAAUUUUAAUCAAUCAAGAAGUUUUAAUCAAGACCUUUUGAUUUGCAUACAUGUAUGUUCAUGUCACAUCUUUUUAUUGUGUCCUACAAUUUUGUUGAUCUAGAAAUAGAUAUUUACAGACAUCCCUGUACGGAAUAAUUUGAGACAAAAUAGAAAACGACAUGAAAUUUGUAAAAAUUCCCAAUAAAACAAUUUUGUUUUCUUAGCAAAUUUGUACAGAUAUAUAUAUA